AGUUUUGUAUUAAAAACCGAACAAAUCCAAAACCAAAAGCCACAAGUAACCCAAAAAAAAAAAAAGAGAAAGGAAAUAAUGACGCGUUUCUCGGCGGUGAUAAUCUUCGCGGCGGCGAUGACGGCGAUGGUUUCGGUUUCGUUGCCGGAGGUAAAAGCGCAAGCGCCAACAACGUGUGUGAGCAAGCUAGUCCCCUGCUUCAGUGCCUUGACAUCGACGACGAAGCCUCCUAAAGAUUGUUGCGACUCGAUCAAAGAAGCAGUGGAGAAGGAGCUUACUUGUCUCUGCACCGUCUACAACACUCCUGGUUUGCUUUCUCAGUACAACGUCACUACUGAACAAGCUCUCAAUCUCAGCCGUCGAUGUGACGUCAACACUGAUCUCUCCGCUUGUUCCGCAUCUGGAGCUCCAUCGCCAAAAGCUUCUUUAUUACCUCCUCCAGCUGGAAAUAAAGAAAAAAACGCCGGAGCUGGGAACAAGCUCGCCGGUUAUGGAGUCACCACCGUGAUCUUGUCUUUGGUUUCCACCAUCUUCUUCUGAAAACACUCAACCGACAUUACCCGGUUUUUCCGGUUGUUAACCCGGUUUAUUAUUUCUCGAGAUUGUUUGUUUUGUGACUUUGUCUAACUUAAAAUAAUCAAGGAUAAAAUAAUUUUUUUUGUUUGUUCACGUGUAUUAUUGUCAGUUAUCUAUGUCCAUGUUCUUAUCAUUACCGGUCUGAAUCGGACAUUAUCAGUUUGUUCCGAUUCCUGUAUGGCUUUCUGAAUUCUAUUGGAUUUAAUCUACUGUGUCUGGAUUUAUUUA